AUGACUUCCAAUGUAUCAUAUGCUGCUUUAGCAAAGUCAUUAUCCGAUGGUAAAUCAUCAAAGGAGUCAUUAGGUGAGACACACAAUUCACCAGCAACUAAAACUACCGAGACAAAGGAAGUCAAACCUGCCAAGGAAAACAAAGACACCAAGGACAGUAAGGACGCCAAAGAAUCCAAGUCAAAGAAGCCGGAAGCAUCGUCUUCUAGUUCCGGUGCAUCUCCUCUGUCUUCCCCUUCGGAAUCAGCCACUUCAUCAGCAAAUACUACAACUGCCAACUCCACCACUGCUACCAAUUCGCCAAAAACUUCUCCAACCAAAGUGUCAUUGGCACCUGCACCAGUCCCCACCACUUCUGUUUGGGGAUCGAUAUCCAACGACGUUGAAGCAUUGAAGAUAAAGGACACAGUCCCUGACAACAAACGUACGCCAGUGUUGGGUGAACAAACGCCGUCGAUAAAGAAACAACCAAUCAAAAAGUUCAUCAAGCCGGUAACUACCAAGUGGGUUCCUUUAGAUGUCAAUGUGACGUUGCAAUCAAGGUCGAGUGGCAGUUCAAAGCCUAGAAACAAGAGGAGACAGAAUAACAAUGCCAACAACAGCAACAGCAACAACAAUAAUACUGGCGCCAAUCGUGGAAGUGGCGCUUCUUCUAGAGAAGACCGAUCAAAAUCUGCCUCUUCUGUUUCUACUACUGCCUCUGCUAAGAAGAGAGAAGGCUCAAGAGAUGUCGGUUCUGAGAAGAGUGCAGGUGACUCUGCAGCAGCCGCAGCCGCGGAAGAGGUAAAUUCUAGCCAAAAGCCAGCUAAAGAAGCUAAUCAGCCAGCUGGAGCCAGUGCUGAGUCAGAGGCUACAAAGCAAGAACAAAAUGAGACUUCUAUCGAGACCGAAGAGGCUCAACCAAAUAAAGAAACCGGAGCUGACGACGAACAGCAACAGCAACAGCAACAGCAGCAUCAACAACAUCAACAACAAGAGCAACAACAAGAGCAGCAAGAGCAACAGCUGGGAUUCACUCACCACCACCAACAACAACAACAACAGCAACAGCAACAGCAACAGCAACAAUAUCCACCACAAUCUCAUCAGAAACCCUACAAUAGACGCUACAACUCAAACUACAACAACAGCAACGGUUCGUCAAAUGGGUAUCCCAAGAGAUUCCAAAACAACAACAACAACAGUCCUAACGGAGGUCCACAGUAUCACAACCAACAACCAUACCAACCACGUCCUUACAAAUCACACUACAGAAACAACAACCGCAACUACAACAACAACAACAACAACAACAACCAAUCACCAAAUCCAAAUGUUGGCGGCGCUUCUCCAUACAGUCCCCAGCAUUUCAAUAAUUUUGCUCCUAUGUACUAUGUACCAAUGCAACCACCAGCAUUCAUUCCUCAACAUCCACUCGCUAUGCCCAAUGGCGUUCCCGGCAUACCUGGAGCAGCACCGGGAGCAGGCAUGGUGCCACCCACUGGCCCUGCCUCCAUGGCGAAUGCACCUGCAACUGCAUCUGCAUCUGCAUCUGCACCACCACCACCAAUCUCACCACAACAAGACCCAUCUGAGGCCUUGCGAUAUCAAUUGGAGUAUUAUUUUAGUGAUGAGAACUUGAUCAAGGAUUUCUUUUUGAGACAGAAUAUGGAUGUUGAAGGGUGGGUUCCAUUGGAUUUGAUUUUGAGUUUCAAGAGAGUCAAGAUUAUUACCAAUCAAGGUGGUGUUGAUGUUCAUGAAGUUUUGAAACAAUGCGGUAAUCUUGAAGUGAGUGAGGAUAAACAUAAGGUUAGAGCUAGGAGAUAG